GGUUUUUAAAUGUUUGGAAAACAUUUCUUGUAUAUAUGUAAUUGUAUGUAAUUUGUGGAUCGAUUUAUUUCUGCCUGCCCCGAUUAAUGUAUUAAGUGACAUUGAUCUUGGGAUUUUAGAACCAAAAUGGACACUCAAAAGCCUUCAAAGUUAGAGAAACUACGCGUAACUCGCGUGAGUAAGGACAAUGUUCCAUCACCACAUAAGAGGAAAUGUGAUUCCACAACUUCAGAAGUUGUAUCUUAUUCUAUGGGUGCUCAAUGCAAUGUACCAACACCAACUGUAGAUGAAAGUACAAACUUCAAUAGCUAUGAGCUAAAGACAUCGCAAUCAACUCAGACUAUCAUGUAUGAAAAACCAUCUUUAUGUGGUGCAACUUCACAGUUGGAAUCUGUAGAUAUUGCCACCGAGAAUAAUUUACAGGAAAGGCAAUUGUUUGCAAGCCUUAUUAGUUCAAAGCAAUACUUGAGCAUUGCAAAGAAAUUCCAGUGGGUUCCGAAACAUAUAUGUGAACAAAACCAAAAUAGAAUAUCAGAACUGACACUCAUUGUAACACUGUUUAAGAUAGAGAAAAAUUGUUCCUUGAUAGAAAUUGGUAACCAGUUUAAGAUACCUUCAUCUGAAAAUACCAAGAUGUUCGUAGAAGGGAUAGAAUAUCUUGCGAACUUCUUCCAAAACCUGAUCUAUCUGCCUGCACCGGAGCUUAUAGAAGCACAACUGCCACAUGAGUUUAAAGUACAAUAUCCCAAUGUGCAGUGCAUUUUACACACCUUUCAGAUUGAAAUGAGAACACCGACAAAUGCACUGCGCCAAGCACAAACCUGGUCACAUGACAAGUAUGGAAACACGUUAAAAUAUUUGAUUGGAUGCACACCCAACGGGUUAGUGACUUUUGUCUCCAAAGGUUACGGUGGUGGGAUUUCCGACAAAGAUAUUUUAAAGAAGAGCAAAUUGACAGAUGAUUUGCCCCAUAAUGCUACAAUAAUGGUACAAUGGCAUAAAAAGUGUUUUGUUGGUGCUGAAGAUUAUCUGAAGCCUAUAGGUGUGAGGCUGAUUCGGCCAAAUGAUCUUUGUACCACUGAACCUACACCAGAACAGACUGUUGAAGCAGAAGCUAUAAAAUCUUUCAGAGUGCAUUUAAAGAGGAUGACGAAGCAAUUAAGACAGUUUGAAAUGUUGUUGGAAGUCAAAUCCAAGUAUGUCAAGUACAUGGACCAAAUACUCAUAAUUGCUUGUGGGUUGGUAAAUUUGCAAGCAACAUUAACAAAUAAUUAAUAAUUACUUGAAGUACUUACAGUUCGUUUUGAAUAAGGAAAACUUAAGACUAUU